UCUCAAUCGAGAGAUGAUGAAUGGGCUCUUGAUAUCCUUUGUCUUCUCCUCUGACUAGGUGGAGAGGUGAAUACGACGAAGUAGGGGGGAACCGAGCGGAGAGAAUUCCGGAGGGGAAAGUUCAUUUAUCAAAGGGACUAGACCUUUAGCUCUAUCCUUUUGGUUGCGGCAUCUGUUAAACCUCAAUGGGCAAUUGCUGCGCAGCCCCCAGUGAUCCUGAUGGGAAGGCGAGGAAGAAGAAGAAGGGGAAACGGAGGGAGAAGAGACAGAAUCCCUUUUCGAUCGACUACAACCGAGGGCAUAGCUCUGGCUUGGGCGUCCUCAGGAAUCCCACCGGCCGAGACAUCUGCAGCCGGUACGAGCUCGGGAAAGAGCUCGGCCGCGGCGAAUUCGGCAUCACCUACCUAUGCACCGAAAAGUCCUCCGGGGAGCGCUUUGCCUGCAAAUCCAUCUCUAAGAAGAAGCUGCGCACCGCCGUUGACAUUGAGGACGUUCGGCGGGAGGUUGAGAUCAUGAGGCAUUUGCCCGCCCACCCCAACAUCGUCAGCCUCAAGGACACCUACGAGGACGACGCCGACGUCCACCUCGUCAUGGAGCUAUGCGAAGGAGGGGAGCUCUUCGAUAGGAUCGUCGCAAGGGGGCAUUACACCGAACGGGAGGCAGCUGCCGUGACGCGUACAAUCAUUGAAGUGAUUCAGGUAUGUCACGAGCAUGGGGUCAUGCACCGGGAUCUCAAACCUGAGAACUUCCUGUUUGGGAACAAAAGGGAAAAGGCACCACUGAAAGCCAUUGAUUUUGGAUUGUCAGUCUUCUUUAAACCUGGCGAACGCUUCACUGAAAUUGUCGGCAGCCCUUAUUACAUGGCACCAGAGGUUCUAAAGAGAAAUUACGGCCCAGAAAUUGAUGUGUGGAGUGCUGGAGUUAUACUAUACAUCCUUCUUUGUGGUGUCCCCCCAUUUUGGGCAGAAACUGAACAGGGUGUUGCACAGGCAAUUUUACGUUCUGUGAUAGAUUUUAAGAGAGAACCUUGGCCAAGAGUUUCUGGUGGUGCUAAAGAUCUUGUGAUGCAUAUGCUUGAUCCAGACCCCAACAAGAGGUCUACGGCUCAGCAAGUCCUUGAUCAUCCAUGGCUGCAGAACGUGAAGAAUGCUCCUAAUGUUAAUCUUGGAGAAACUGUACGAGCAAGAUUGCAGCAGUUCUCUGUUAUGAACAAAUUUAAAAAGAAAGCCUUAAGGGUAAUGGCUGAAUAUUUAUCUGAAGAAGAAGCUGCUGACAUUAAGGAAAUGUUUCAGAAGUUGGAUAUAAACAAAAAAGGAAGCAUUUCUCUUGAAGAGAUGAAAUUUGGUCUACACAAGCUUGGUCAUCAGAUUCCAGAUGCUGAUCUCCAGAUAUUAAUGGAUGCGGCUGAUGUUGAUAGAAGCGGCACUCUAGAUUACGGUGAAUUUGUUGCUGUAUCAAUUCACCUGCGGAAAAUUGAGAAUGAGGAGCACCUUCACAAAGCUUUUUCAUACUUUGACCAGAACAAGAGUGGUUAUAUAGAAAUGGAAGAGCUCAGAGAUUCAUUGGCUGAUGAUAUGGGUCCAAAUCAUGAAGAAAUCAUUAGUGCUAUUUAUCGUGAUGUUGACACAGACAAGGAUGGAAAAAUAAGUUAUGAGGAGUUUGCAGCAAUGAUGAAGGCUGGCACAGAUUGGAGGAAGGCAUCAAGGCAAUACUCAAGGGAACGGUUCAGUACCCUCAGCUCAAAGUUGCUGAAAAAUGGAUCUUUAGAACUUAAGAAUCAUGAUAGCUAAGAACUAAGCAAAGCAUAUACCUGAAAGCUUCUUUUGUUUGUUGGUUUCUGUAGUAUUGUUUCCUGUAAUAAUUGCUUUUCCUGUCAAUCUAGGACGAAACCCUUCUACAAAACUUUACUUGUUUAAGGGGUUGUAUAUAGGUGAUUUUUAGGAUAUUGAUACAGGGACGUGGAUAUAACAACUUAGUGUGGACAGGUGUACCCACUAAGUAUACAGGUGAUUUUUUUCGGAUAUUGAUACAGGUGGAUAUUUAAGGGGUUGUAU